UCAUCCAUCUGUCAGUUGGUUUUUAAGUGGAUGAAAAAAGAUCGAUACCCUGCGAAAAUUUUAUUAACUUCUCAAUCAAAAACAAAAAAAAAAAAUCUUUCCAAAACCAAAAGAUUUUCUACUUUUUAACAAAUAUAAAAUAAAUACCUUCUAAAUAGUCUACAUAAUUCCAUCAAUCGUGGCAAAUCCAAAGAUUCAAUAAAAAUCAUUGAUUCGCUGUAAAGUGAACUGAUUUUUUUCAUUUUAACCACAGGGAGGAAUUCAGACCCGAAAAAAAUGCACAAUGGAGCUGCAGCACAGCUACGAAAAUACAUCAUCGCCAGCAUUCUACUCCUCGUGAUAUUAUUCAUCUCGAAUUGCUCGGCUACAGCUAAUCUAGGUGACCCAUAUAAAAUUCUUGGUGUCAAUCGACAUGCCACCACCCCAGAGAUUCGACGUGCCUAUAAACAAUUAGCAAAGGAGUGGCAUCCAGAUAAAUCUAGUGACCCUUUGGCGGAGCAAAAGUUUGUUGAAAUCAAACAAGCUUACGAAUUGUUGAGCGACGCAGACCGACGACGUGUCUACGACCAACAUGGCAUCACCAAUGAAGAUUCGCACAUGUUUCGGCAACAACAUGAUUACAGUCAUUAUGGUCGUUUUGCUCCGGAUCCCUUCGAGGAGUUCUUUGGUCAACGAUUCCAUUUUGACCAAGAUAUCAGUUUGUAUCAUAAAUUGUCAGUGACAACAAAAUACUUUGAACAGACAAUUGUUCCGAAAAGUGCAACAGUACCGCAUAUUUUGAUGUUUUAUAAUGAUUGGUGUUUCCGGUGUAUUCGGGCGGUUGGGGUGUUUAAGAAGAUGAUUGAUGCUCUGGAGCCAUUGGGGAUUACAUUUGCCACAAUCAAUGCCGCACACGAACAAAUGCUACUGCGCAAGGUGGGCGUCGAUGAAGUGCCAAAUCUUAUACUUGUUCUAAAUGGACAUAGUUAUAUCUACAGGGAGAGCGCUUAUAGUGUUCAGAAAAUUGUCGAAUUUAUACGGAAGAAAGUUCCAUACAAGCUGGUUCAGAAUAUCAAGGACGAUACAAUAGACAACUUUCUAAAUGGUUGGAUGGAUAAUCGUGUACGAGCAGUUGUGAUGGAACCACGACAACAACCGCGUUUGAGAUAUCUUAUCACUGCCUUCGCUUUUCGACAUCGUGUUGCAUUUGGUUUUGUACAAUUAAGCUCCAAGGACACCAAAGGCAUUCAAGAGCGUUACAAGGUUCAUCCGAGCUUAGAUACUUUGCUCAUAUUCAAUGAAGAUCCCACCCGUCCAGUUGCAAGUGUCUCAAUGUCUGAUAUUCCGACACAAACACUAAAUAAUAUUAUAUCGGCAAAUCAGUAUUUAGCUCUGCCACGAUUAUCCUCGCAAGAAAUGUUGGAAGGAGUUUGCCCUGCAGAAUGGAAUCGUCCGAGGAAACGUCUCUGUGUUAUACUUGUAACGGAAAACACAGAUGCCCACAACUAUGCCCGAAAUGCUUUAAGGCAAAUCGCUCUACAAAGUGGCUACAGUUCGGAACGUGUUCGCUUUGCCUAUAUUUUCCAGGACAAACAAACCGAUUUUGUGAAUGCCAUGUCAAAGGGCUCUUCAGAUGAUACGCUUCUAAGAUUGGUUAUCAUUUGGCGCCGUGAUACAUCGCACAUCAAAUAUGAGUGGGUCAGUGGCACUCGUUUAGGCAUCGAACGCAAGGAAAACGAAUCUGAUGAGCACACUCUUAAUCAUACAAAACAAAAGCUAGACGAUGCCAUUCAACGUCUCUUGCGAGCUUCAGAGGCUCUUAGCUAUGAAGCUUACGUUAAGGACCUCCUGGAUGAGCAUGCUCAAGGCAUACUUGGUAAAGUGAUUACACGUCUGCUAUACGUCACCGAAUACAUGAUGGAUAAUAUUGAGCAAGAACAUGUCCUCGCAACGCUCUCUCUUUUGGGAACAAUUGCAUUUAUGUUUGCUGUUGGUUAUGUCAUGGUCUAUUUAGUCCGGGCCGAAGAAGAAACUCUGAAAGCUAAAGGUCAGCUUAAUAGCAACGGAACUUCACAAAAACCAGGUGCUUAUGUUCCCGAAUUGAAACUUCACGAGUUGAGGGCUGAGAAAUAUAAUGGAUUGGUUAGGCUUUUGAAGCCUGGCUGCCGCACAAUUAUUCUUAUAACUGAUUUGCAAACACGUCCCAAGCUUAUACCAGGCUUUCAUAAAGCUGUUUGGCCGUACAGAAAAAGUAAAACUCUUAUGUUUGGUCAUAUGUUGAUUGAAAAGGGUCUAAGCUGGUAUUCGGAAUUGCUGCGUUUGUCACUUUCGGAAUCGCGUGACUUGAGAAUAAAUCCACGCAAUUGUGUGGGCACGGUUAUUGCUCUUAAUGGGCAUAGAAAAUAUUUUUGCAUGUAUCAUGCUAAGCAUCCUGAAACCAAUCGUGGUGCAAAGAGAAUGCUAAAAAUGACCCGUCAACUAGUCCGUCGCAACGACGACCCAGAGGCCGGUGCAUUCCUUGGCAUGGAAAGUGGAUCAGAUGAAUCUGAAACCAGCGAAUACGAACCGAAGAUAUUGCUCGAAGAGAACUUACUCGAUAAUCUGAGUAAUUGGUUGGAUCGUUUGUUUGAGGGAACUACACAUAGGUAUUAUGUAAAUUAUUGGCCCGACUUUCCAACAAAAUAAUUUGAACUUUUUUAAGAAAACAAAAAGUUUGAAAAAAAAACUAACACGUUUUUAGUUUAUUGACUUUUUGUUUUUAGUAUUUUAUUUUUAGCUGUAAAAGCAGUUUAUAUUAUAUUUUUUAAAAACCAAAUAUUAGUUUAUUCUAUCAUAGACAUUAAAUUAUAUUUAUUAAACAUACAUACAUACUGUGUAAUAUAAUGUAUUACACAAAAAAAACAUUAGAUUUUUCAUAUAACAAUAGAAAAUAUGGGGGUUCUUGCCACUAGAUAGAUAAAUCCUCUAUUUUUAAAAUUUUUGUUUAAGUUAAAAUAUCUUCAGAAGGUGAAUUUAUAAAAAUUAUAUUUUCUAUUAUUUAUUAUUAAUAAAUAUUUUAAUAUAAGAAUUUAAUAAUGUUAUACUAUAUUUUAUGAAUUUUAUUUAUUUCUUAAUUUUUUUUAAAACUACAAAGCAGAGUUUUAUUUAAUUUUUUAUUUAAGAGUGCCUUGCAGAGAGUUUUCUUUAAAUCAGCAUUGCAUAUAAAAAACAAAUUAAACCCUAAAUCUUCCACUCUUCCAGUUUUUUUUUUAUUAAAUCUUUAAGAAUUGAUAUUCAUUGUACAAAGCUUUCUUUAUUUUUUAUGUUAAAGGCAGUUUACCACUUAUCAGUCAGCUUAUUUCAGAAAUUAUUUCAUUUUGUAAACCCUUAUUGUUAUUUUAUUUUGUUAAAAAGAUUUACUUAACAAUGCUGCACUAGCGUUUUAAUGACCAGUAUCAUAGAGUUCUCAGAAUUUAUUGUCGACUAUAAUGUUCGCUUGUCCUUCAAAUGGUAUGAGAGCCUCUAAUUAAGUCUGUUGGCGACUCUUCGUAAUGGAUCCUUAUAAGUGGAUGGAGGAAGGAUCUAAGUGAUCCUUUGGACUGUUUUGCUAUCUCAUCGACUUGUGAACUUUUCUAAAGCUACAUAUUUCCAUGAUAUAAUUGAGUUUACGUGUUACUUUUAACUUCUGUAAUAGCAAUCGCAAAGCUCAUUGUAGUAGUCACCGUAGCCCCUCCGCUACUUCAAGAUCGUAAAUCUCACUUGGAUUUUAUUUCCGGGAAAAAAAUCCGACAGCUAAAUUUUUCAGAAAAAUUUAUUGCCCAAUGCAGAUACCAAUUAAUUCCGAGGGAAACUUUUUUAAUAAAAAGUAACAGAUCUUUAAUUUCUUUGAUCAUUAUUGCAACUGAACUUCAAUUCUGAAUUUUUAGAGGCUCUGUUGGGCAGAUUUCAUAAAAAAAUAAGUGACAUUUGAGCAAUCUUCUCCCAAUACAAUAUUGUAAGUUUUGCAGAAGUUCUUUCUUCCCCUAACUUGGUUACAAUUGGAAUGUGCUUUGAUAUAUUCAUUUAAAAAAUGAUAUCGUUUAUAUAUGAAUUUUACAAUAUCAUCGCAGAAUACGUAAAACAAAUUAAAAAAAAAACUGCAAUAGAAAAUUCUAUGCAAACGCAUUUUAAAGUGUGAAACUGUUAAAUAUUUUUAACAUUUUUUGUUCCUUUAUUUUGAUAAAAUCUAGUCAUAGCAAAAAUAGAACAAACAAAAAAAAAAAACAAAUAUUUAUAUAUGUAUUAGAUAACUAUAAGUAAUGCAAAAUUUUUAUUUUAUACGAACGCAUAGAAAACACGGAAAAUAAAUAAAUACACAAAAACAAAAAAAAAAAUAACAAAAAUAAAUAAAUAA